AUGGACAAACAACCCGCGAUGCUCUCACGGCGCGAGCUGCCCCGGACGACCCUGAUUUACAUCGUCGUCGGCCUCCUCGUCGGCGUGACCUGCACGGCCGCCGUUGUCGCCUUCCUCGUGGUCAGGCAUCGCAAAGGGCAAAAGUACAGCCAGCUGAGGAAGAGGCCGACCUCUGUCGCGACGACGACAAACCGGGAAUCCUACAGGAAAAGCGUCAUGUCGACGAUCUCCGAGGUCGAUGACGCACAGCGGCAGGCCAUGAUCCGCAAGUCGCUGGCCACUCGGAGCUCCAACAUGGACCUCAACGGGGACUCGGGCUCCAUCUACACGGCGAUCCACCCCCUGGAUCGUCCCGCAUCGCGUAUCAUGUACCGCGCAGUCUCCCGCCAGCCGGAAGAGCCGAUUGCGGAAACCCACGAGGAGCCCCAGCCCGCUCAUCAUCAGGAGCCGACGUCUCCUCCGUCGCGAGACGAGGAGGCCAUGGUUGGCCUCAAGGACGACUGGAAGGAAUGGGAGGCGAGGCUUCACGAGAACCAGGCCCUCUCGCUCGACUACCACCCGGCUGUGGCACCCGAGCGGAAGGAUUCCACCGGCUCAAAUGGUUCCGCCGGCGCGUAUCGGCUCGACGACGGUCGGCCACCUCGGUCCCAUUCUGCCCAUGAGCUCGACCGGCACCCAGAGCCUCCCUUGCCUCGGCCGCAUUCCGUCGUUUCCGUCCAAUCUACAAGGUCGCUGCCCAUGGAUUACGAAGCCAAACGAGACCGGCGUUCUCGCCAUCAGCUGCACCAAUCCUGGACUCCUUCAUAA